AUGGAAGAAGAAAUUACUGACUUGAAGAACUUCGUAGAUGAAUUUUUUGAUAAGAACCCUGGCUCGAAAGAGGAGGAUCUUCUAUUAGCAUUAGAAAAACGUUUUUCGCUGUUGAUGGAGGAAAUUGAUAGGAGAGAGAUAGCUAGUGAUUCUAAAUUAUAUAAUUUGAUCGUAGGCCAAAUAUACAAUGCAUCACCAAAAUACGAUGCUCGGGCUGAGUACCAUUUGAGUAAAGCGGUUAAACUGGAUAUGAACUUGGUGUUAGCAUGGCUCGAGCUUGCUGUUUUGAUGUCGAAGAAAAAAGAUCCGGAUUUCGCCAUAUAUUGUUGCGAGAAAUCAUUAGAACAUCAACGAACAUGCAAAGCAUUGUUCAUGCUGUCUUAUCUGUUACGAAUGAAAGCCACACAACAAUCGAACGUUAGUAAUAAUGAAAAGAAUGAACUUUUCCGCAAGUCCAUGGCUUGUGGGGUUGAAGCUGUAGCAAUCGAUCCAAACUGUGGAAAAGCUCAUGUAUACUUGGGUAACAGUUACUUUGUUCAUUUCGUCAGGUCAAAUAGCAGUUUUCAAGUUCUGGAAAACGCAGCCGAAUGCUAUCGUAGAGCUCUGAAGUGUGAUACUGAGUUUAGAAACCCAGAUCUUCAUUUGAAUUAUUCUGAAGUUUUGAAAUACAAACAAGACUAUGCCGGAGCUUUAGAUCAUUUGCGAUUAGCUAGGAGAUUCGAUCCUUCAGCUACUCCCAAAGAAAAAUAUGAGAACCUAGUUACAUUUUUGAACAAUAUACACUCAGCAAUCGAAAAAAAAGGCAGAAUAAAACCCAGGAAAUAUCAGGAGACGCUUGAAUCGUUGAAAGGCUGGGAAACGAAAUUGUUUGCAAAAAAACAUAUUGGCGAUAGUAGAGUAAUAUGUUCCUUCUCUGAUUUGAAAGUUGGAGAAAACAGUCAAAAAACUCUUGUUGUAUCUGUUGUUGCUACUUUAUCGCAUGAAGAGCAAAUUCCUGUCACCAUGGUCGUUAUGGAUAGCACAGGAUGCUCUUUUGCUGUCAUGAUCUACAAUGCUAGAUCUUCGUUCGGUUUUAUUAUUGGUGAUGUUGUUGAGAUUAAGAACCCAUCCGUUGUUUUGUCUGAGAAUCUCAAGAUCUCAGACACUAAGAUAAUUACUGAAUUGAAAAUGAUUCAUGUUAGCAAUCCCACUCAACUCACUCGGAAUGGAGUAUCAAUUCAAGCUGCUUCUGUCGCUCCAACAAGUUUUACAUUAACUGACUCAUAA